UUGAAAACAAUACGGAAAAUAAUAGUUAAUGAAUUGAGUUUUAGUUUUAAUAUAUAAAUACAUAGUGUAUAGUAUAGUGCCAAAGCUUGGAAAAUUAUUUACAUCGACGUUCGUCGUCUCAUUCGUCGUAUUGACGUUUGAUUUUUUCCAAGGCAGCUGCACGCCCUUCAAAUCUUGCAUUUGCACAAAGUCCAAAUGAAUUUUUGCCUGCAAUGGGAUCGCAGACCUUGGAGAUUCUGCGCCAAGGAGUGUGGGCUUCAUUGACCGGUGGAUGGUUCUACGAUCCGCAUCAAGGUGUCUUUUGUAACGUUGUGCAUUUGUAUUUGUGGCUUUUCCUACUCUGCUCCCCAUUCGUUGCAUACUUGUAUUUUCCUGGAACUUGGAUAUCAUGGUUUUUGUACUGUAUUGGCACCAGUCUCACAAUUUUAGGUGUAAAAUUAGUUAACAUGGCACUGCAUCGAUUAUAUGAUCGCGCACAGACUAUGUCCGACACAAAUUUAAAAAAUCAGUUUUUUAAAGUUACUAAAGAAACUGAGCCACGUGAGGAUGAGGCUGGUAUUGAAAUGAAAGUAAUGAGAAAUGAUGGCUCAGUGGAGCAGGCAAUUAACGAGGCCAGUGAGGAAAAUAGCAUGAUGUCCAUUGAAAACGUUAACAGUAUAAUAGACCUCAAGGUGGAUGUGCAUCGCAAAAAUAGUUCAGAGUCAAUAGAACUGAUGUUCUACGCGCCAUCAGUGAUGUCAUCAAAUAGCCAACAAGAUCAGCAAUCAAUAUUUGGUUCUGCAAGUGUUACUAAAUCCAUACGUUCUUCCAGUGCUGUACCUAACUGCGUUAUAAGCGGUGAAGCAAAUACAAAAUAUUUAACAGUUUAUCCUGAAGAUGAUAACGAAAAUUCACCUCGACCCAGUACAAGCAAGGCUGCCUCUGCCAGUAUUGCAUCUAACGCAGCGCUCCCAAACAAUAGUACACUACGUCAGAUAAAUUUAUUACGCAAAUCAUCCGAAGAUCAUAAGAGGCGACGACAAAGGCGACGUCCUGAGAGGCAAAGCAGUCUCGAUGCAAGUGCGGAUUCAACCAUCGUGCCAAAGUUAGUACGAAAUCAAUCGGACACAAUUGCUACUGCACCCGGUAGUAUAAUGCGUACUGCAACAUUUUUGUAUCCGCAAAAUAAUACACAAGAUGAUACUUCAGCCGUAAGGAAUCGAAAUAAAUCAAAUACCACUGAAUCAAAUGCUCUACAUAAAACAUCUUCCACAAUCACAUCUACAUCAAACAUACAACGACUAUCAACUACAACAACGAGUUUGUCCGGCAUAGCUACACCAUCAGUAACAACGAGUACAUCUGCUGUUGUAGUUAAUCCACGAAGUUCACGUUUGCAUCGCCAUCGCAGUUCCGAAACUCAUGAUGAACGCAUCAAAUGUAAUCGUAAUUUAUUCUUACCCAUACACCAUGUAUCAUCAGCUGCAAUUGGCGGCGGCAUUUCAGACAUAGAUGAAUUAGAAUUAAGUUUAGGUGGUAGUGCGCAAGGUGUAGAUGGACGUGGACGUACGCUGAAAUCAUGGAUAUUAGGUUCUUCAUCUGAUGUUUACAUAGAAGAUGAUAGUUAUACAAAAUCCGAUUUAGGCAUUGAACAAAUUGAUGGAAGAUCAAGUAACGCAAGUGGUAGAGCGGUGUUAUUACUACAGCAACAACAACAGCAAUUAAAUUCACAUUAUCCACAUCAGCAUCAAUACCGCGCACACCAUCAUAGCACCAAUAUACGUAAAGAUUCCAACAGCACUAUGUCAGCGCUACAGUUACCUGUCAUGCCGACUGUAACAGAUUCUAACUCAAAAAAUAGUAGUGGGGCCAGCGGUAGUGGCAAUAUAAGCAGAAGGCGGCAUUCAAAUGCUACUUCACUUUUUAAAAGUAUUAACAAUUCCAACACAGCUACGGGAGGAAAUCUCGGCUUAGCUGCAGGACACCAACAACCCACGGUUAGACGUAUAAAAAGCGCUGCGUUAGAGAUAUCUUGCCCGCGUCCUUCUGUAUCAAAUUUAAGUCCACAUCCAAAUAGUGUAGAAGCAAUUAAUGGCCAGCAAAUAAAAAAUCCACAAUCUGCAUUGUUACCGCCGCCAAGUAAAUCAUUAGUAAGAAAUCCACAUCUCAAUUUGUGUCCCAAAUUUGGUGGUAGCUUUGGUGAGAGCAAUGGAAAUAGUAGUUUAAAUUUCAGUGGCAGUGCAAAUGGUUCCACAACAGGUUUAAUUGAAUCUGUAUACCCUAUUGUUGAACAAGCAGAUGAAAAAAUGUCACUUGAUUUUAAUACAGGCGUAGAGCAGAAACGUCUACAUGCAAGCGAUACUGAUAUGGAAAUUGUAGAUGAUGAUUUUAAAGAUUUCGAUGAUAAUCUCGAUCACAUUCUCAGUGAUUUACAGCAAACACAAAAUCAGUUGGAUGAUCUAAAAGCAUCGUAUGAAGAACAAAAUCGAAAAUUAAAUAGAGACGGUACAUUGGACUCUGAUGAUUGUUGUAGACAAACAGAGGAUGAUACACCAUCUACCUCACAAGCUCUUAGAGAACGUUCACAUUCCACCGACUCUGAAACUGAUAACAAUGGUUCUCGGUCGCCUUUACUUAGUGGUAAAACAUGGGAUAACACGAAUAGUGCGUCAAAGGAUACUGACAACUCUUUACGUAUUGAAAUAGCUGCCAUACAAAAAUGCAAACAUCCGACUAAUAAAUUUUGCCAACAUUUAUUUCAAGACGUAGCGGCACAAAAUAACAAAGCUGAAGGUGACUCUGGUUGCCCUUCAAGUGAUUGCGAACAAAUUAGUGCGAGUUCUAAAGAUAUGCUUUUAGCUGGAAUGGAACCAAAUGACAAAUCCAUUAUUCCUAACGCAACGAAAUUAAGUGAAGAGAAUGAGGAUAUAGAUGAAUGUGCAGAUGCAGCAAAAAAUGUUGAAGAUGACGUUGAAAAUUUGAAUCGACGUGAAUUAUCGGACUCUAAUUCGAACGCUGCAAAUGGCAAAAAUCUUGGUGCUAUACCAAAAGUAGUUAAAUAUCGAGAAAUCAAUGAAGUACAAAGUGGGAAAGACUUGGAAAGAAAUAUACCAAUUAACAGAUCGCAACUUUAUAAGCUUUGCAAUGUGACUGACUCUACAAGUAACAAUAAUAAAACCAAUAGUGAAACUGCAAUUGCUCCCACUACAACAAUAGCCGCUUCGCGCACUUCAUCUCCACCUUCAUCCCGUAGUAUAAGUGCAGAUUCAUUUUCUGCAGAUGUACACAAAAUGCUAUGGUUGAUGCAUGGCGGCACAUUAGAUGAAAAUGGUCGACCAAUAGGCUCAUUUCCUAAUAAUGUUGUACCUCCUAAUUUACCUAGCGAACAUAUACGUUUCUAUCAGAAUGCAUUUCAAGCGGCAAAUAACCAAAUGCAGCCAAUCGGAGCAGAUGGGAUGUCACUAUCCGAACGCUUAUAUUAUCGCGAUAAAGUUAGGCGGAACUCUAAACAGGUAUCCGAGCCAGGUAAUUCAUCAAUAGGUGAAGUUUCUCACACUCACGAACUGCAAUCCACUAAUCUCAGCAACAAUUCACAAAAUCGUAAUGCACAUCAAACGCUCGGUGUAGUUGUGGCACCUUCCUCUCUUAAUUCUCGCGUUAGCAACGCUGCAACACUCUCAAUACAAGGUCUGAUUAAUGUCAUAAACGAUGAACGCAGUUCCUCGCAAGUGCGUACUCACAACUCUGGCAAUGCUGCUGCAGCUGCCAUAUUGGACAGUCAUAUCGAUAGUUACUGUGAUUUUUGGCGUCCUGCUUGUAUGCUCUCCUCGGAAAAACCUAUUGUGCCUAAAAGCUUUUACAAAUACCGCUUUAAAUGUUUUAGGUUUAAACAUGAAUUUAAAAUAUCUAUGGAUAGACUGGAGCUCUUGUCCUUGUUUGAUCGUGAUCUGCACUGGUUUCAUAUAUUACUAUCUGUAGUGUUAUCGGCAACAGUGGCGUAUCUGGGUUCAACAAUAUUGCAAUUAGGAUAUUACAAGGAUAUUUUUGCAUUUCUGUUUUGUGUGGUAAUUGCCGGCUCACAGUAUUCCUUAGUUAAGAGUGUACAGCCAGACGCAGCUUCGCCAAUACACGGCUUUAAUAAGAGUGUGGCUUACUCUCGCGCCAUCUACUUCAGUUGCUGUAGUGGACUCUUACUACUGCUACACAAACUUAAAGAGAGUUAUGAACAGGAAAGUACGGUGUAUCAAAAGUUUUUUGGGAUUACCUAUGCACCUAAAGAACUGACAAGUGUGGUUUUAGAAGUUUUGUACUUGAUAUUGCUUUGCUUUCCUAUAAUAUUCUCACUUGGCUUAUUUCCACAAAUAAAUACAUUUCUAAUGUAUUUUCUGGAACAAAUUGAUAUGCAUGUUUUUGGUGGAAAUGCAGCUGGUAGUUUGGUUGGCGCAUUUUUGUGCUUAUUGCGUUCAGCACUAGGCAUUGCUAUACUUUAUGGUCCACUAUAUGCUGCACUUAUUGAAGGCAGAGGUACUCAGUAUAUACUAUUUUCCAUAUUCUGCGCUUUGCUGAUACCACUCGGUUAUCAUUUGUCACGAUCUGCUAGUGAUUUUAGCCACAUAUGGGCACUAAUAAAAAAUUGUAUUGUAAGCACAUAUCGUGAUGAUGAUGACGAAUUAAGUGCUAAAUCAGCAAAUGGAGCACCUGAGCAUAAAAUUGGAUCCAGCUCGCUUAAACGCAAAAGGAGGAAUAAAACUGAACACGGUAAAACGGAAAUAAAUUGCAGCAAUGAACAAAUAGAAAUGUCUUCUUUAGAGAAAAUUAUAACUAUUAAAGAUCAGGACGAUAUAUUAACAAAUCAAGAACGCAAAAUGAACAAAUCAAAAGCUUCAUCUUUAGGCAGUAGUAGUCAAACAAUAGGUAAACCAACAACUAAUUGUAAGAAAGUGUUAACAGCAUCUAAUUCGUUUGCAUCGGUAGGAGGGGGAGAGUGUGCUGCAAAUCUGUACUCGGAACAUGAAUCGAAUGCAAAUGCUGAAACAGAAGAUGAAGCUGAAAAAGAUCAAGAUCUAGAUGAUAAAAUGUCAAGUUCCUCUACGACAAAUCCAGGUGAUAUAUCAACACUAACAAACGGUAUGUGUGCCAAUGGUACAACAGAAAAUGGCGCAGAAGAAUCUCCAGAUCCACUUCCGAAAAAAUUACAAAAUACCGUAAAUACUCGACUGAAAAAUGAUUUAGUGGUCAUGACUUUGCAGUGUGUUGCUGUCUUGGGUCUGCACUCCAGUACAGUAUUUACUGUUUUGCAACCAGAUCUUAAUAUUGUACUGUAUGCCUUUACUGGCGCCUUGGGAUUUCUACUCCAUUACAUAAUACCACAAAUGCGGAAACAUAUGCCAUGGCUCUGUUUUGCGCGUCCUUUGCUUAAACAAAAGGAAUUUGGACAAUUUGAAGUAUCAAAUGCACCUAAAAUAAUGUGGUUUGAAAAGUUUUACAUAUAUUUAAGUAUGGUGGAGCGAAAUGUAUUAUUUCCAUUGGUUGUGUUAUCUGCGCUCACAGCAGAUGCGCAAAUUAUAACUAACAAAUUUGGUGUGGGUUGGGGCACCUUAAUCGUUGCAGUUUGUGCUCUUAAAUUUGUGCGAAAUGCUUACUCGGAUUCAAUUAACCAAUAUCUGAUCGUUUUAUUCACGGUAUUGUUAUUUCGUGUAGAUUUUGCUAUGGCCAGUGAAUCGUUUCUAAUAGAUUAUUUUUUCGUCUCUUUGGCGUAUAGAAAAUGCUGUGAUUUUCUUUUAAAGCUACAAUUCAUCGUUACCUACAUUGCACCUUGGCAAAUAACGUGGGGCUCAGCAUUUCAUGCUUUUGCUCAACCUUUUAGUGUGCCACAUUCGGCAAUGCUGUUUUUGCAAGCUGGCAUAUCGGCUAUACUAUCCACACCACUAAAUCCUUUCUUGGGUAGUGCAAUAUUUCUAACAUCGUAUGUACGACCAAUAAAAUUCUGGGAGCGCGACUAUAAUACACGACGCAUAGAUCACUCUAAUACGCGUUUAAGUUCACAAUUGGAACGAGAUUUGGGUGCAGACGACAAUAAUUUGAAUAGCAUUUUCUAUGAACACCUGACCCGGUCCUUGCAACAUUCACUUUGUGGGGACUUAUUGAUGGGUCGAUGGGGAAAUGUCAACCAAGGCGAUUGUUUUGUUCUUGCUUCGGAUUAUCUUAACUGCUUAGUGCACAUUAUCGAACUCGGUAAUGGACUGUGUACUUUUCAAAUGCGUGGUUUAGAAUUUCGUGGCACGUAUUGUCAACAGCGUGAGGUAGAAGCAAUUUCAGAAGACGUAGAAGAUAAUGAUGGCUGCUGCUGCUGCGAUCCUGGGCAUAUACCACGUAUGUUGAGCGCAAAUGCAAUGUUCUCAACACGUUGGCUAGCUUGGCAAGUUGUUGCAGCACAAUAUGUACUGGAGGGUUAUUCAAUCUCAGAUAAUCUAGCAAGCGCAACGCUUCAAGUAUUUGAGUACCGCAAAGUUCUGAUUACAUAUUACAUCAAGAGUAUCAUAUAUUAUGUUGUGAAAAAUCCCAAACUUGAUCAAUGGCUAUCAUCAGGACCAAUUCAAGACGCUUUGCAACACACGCUCAGCAGACAAUUUGUUGAUUUAGAUCCUAUAUUUAAUUAUAAUUUAGAUGAAGACUUUGAUUUUCGUGCUGUUGGUAUAACCCGGCUAAGUUUUUGUUAUGUCUACCUGAGUUGGAUAAAUUUUUGCUGUGAUAAACGAAAAGAAAAUCAAAACACAGUUAAUGAGACAACAAUACCAGCACAAACGCACAACGAUUCGAAAAGUACACCCAAUUUAAGCACAGCAGCAACGGCAGUUUCACAAUCCCAGCAUCUUCGUGCGCGUCCACAAAAAAGUGCUACAAUGAGCGAUAGUGGUACUGUAAAUAAUCACUCAACCGAGCACAUUGGUAAUUCACAGUCAUUUGCAAUAAUAUCACGGCAAACAUCAGAGAGUGCACCUGGUCUAACUGGUACGAAUGUUUCGCAAGUACCGUUAGAAAACUGUCCACUUAAUAGCAGCACUGCGGCAUUGAAUUCUGCAACAAAGCUGCAAAGUAGCCAUUUACGAAAUCAAAAGGCGUCAAAUUUUAAAACACCAUUUAACGCCCACUCACCCAUAGUCGAUAAUAAAACUGAGAAUAGUACACCAGCUGACAAUAACGGCAUACCAAUUAUAAAAUUGAAAGUGCCGAGUAUAGCAAAGGACUCUCCAAUAGUCUCAUUAUGUUUAGCAUUAAGUUUAUUAGGUAGACGCUCUUUGGCUACUGCUUCACAUAGUUCACUGACUGGUGUUGAGUUUUUUCUACACGGUCUACAUGCACUCUUUAAAGGCGACUUUCGUAUUACUUCGCCACGUGACGAAUGGGUUUUUGCCGAUAUGGAAUUAUUGCAUUCUGUUGUAGCACCAGCAGUUAAAAUGGCAUUGAAAUUGCAGCAAGAUCAUAUAACGAAUCCCGAUGAGUUUCUUGAUCCAAAUGUACUCUAUGAAGCAAUUGAUACUUGUUCUAAAGAUUUGGUUAUUUCACAUGAAGCAGACCCUGUAUGGCGUAGUGCUGUAUUACGGGGUGCACCCAAUUUACUCGCACUUAGACAUGUUAUGGAAGAUGGUUCCGAUGAGUAUCGCAUUAUUCGUCUAACGAAACGGUUUCUUAGUUUUCGCGUUAUUAAACUAAAUAGGGAGUGUGUACGUGGCUUAUGGGCAGGACAGCAGCAAGAAUUGAUAUAUUUACGUAAUCGAAACCCCGAACGUGGUAGUAUACAAAAUGCCAAGCAAGCAUUACGAAAUAUAAUAAACUCCUGCUGUGAUCAACCAAUAGGUUAUCCCAUUUAUGUAUCACCUUUAACUACUUCAUAUGCCGACACCAAUGAACAACUCUGUGAAGUAAUAGGUGGCGCCAUAACACUGGAAUCGAUCAAAGUAAAUGUGCUUGAUUGGUGGCGACGCAUACGUGAACGUUGUCGUCAAGGCUGCAGUUCUGGGUCCACCAUGGAAACAACUCAUCUUGGUGUGAUUGCAGUUGGACCCGUUUGUAAUGCAGGCGGUGAAUCAGGUGAAAUUGCACAAGUUUAUAUAUCUGCGCCAUUUUACAACACUCUGACAGGAAGUUUUCUUGGUUUGCGUUCUGGAAAUUUAGCUAAUUUAGGUGGAAGUCUUAGUGCACAAUAUGGUAGUGAUGGUUUAGUAUCGAUGCGUAGUGGCCUAGCUGUUAUACCAGUGAAACCUACUUCAACUACACUUUUGGCUGGUUUACGUAAAAGUCAAACACAAUCUACAAGCUCUCGCAGUGAUCGUGAAAGACGUGCAACUUUACCGAUUGCCAGUACAAGUUUGGGGGCGGUAGGUGGUCAUGGUGGCGCUAGCACAUUAAAAGACAUCAGUGGUACAAAUGCAGACUCUAUGCAGAAUAAUGAACAAGAAUAUGAUUCCUCAUCCAAACAAAUAAAGCCUCAUCCUAGCGAUACGCAAACCAGCAAUAGUCCGCGAUAUACAAAAAUUUCAUGCUCGUCUGGAUGUAUUGGUGUUGGCAAUAUAAUAACAACACCUGGCGACUAUCCACGAAAAACAAAGGGACCUAUUUGUUUAACUGCCGGUAUGUCUGUGGAUGCAACAAAAUCAAAUUCUGAUAUUACAAUGACAACGCGGAAACCACGUAUUGAGCUGUAUAAAAAAGUUAUUAUUGUUGAUGAAACAGAGAUAUAUGACCUACGACGUUAUGAUGUGGUCUGGCCUACUGCUAGUGGUGGCCGCUUAUCAUGGGAAGAUUGGAAACCGCGGGUCGGUAUGGUUGGACAUGUUGUUCAUUACUGGGUACCAAAUCAUACAAAUCAACGCUUUCGUUCAAAUUUAAGUCGUGUGGUUUACCUGAUAGAAAUAGGUGAACAUUUUGUUCCCGUAGGAGAAUAUGGAUUACGAGAAUAUAACCAAAUAGUUGAUAGCAGCACUGAAGAAAUGACGAUAGUUGGUACUACAAAUUCAAGACGCGGUUCGGCUCUACAACAAAUGGACGAGUUACAAAAACAAAUUGAAGGAUUAACGCCUAUAUUAGGUAGCAGUCUAGAAUCACCAACAUCACAAUUAGGUACUGCAAGUAAUGAAGGCUUCGACGAUAGUCACAUAUUAGAGGCAACCACAAGCAGAUUUAAGUCAAGCAACACAGGUGCUAGGCCAAAAAUCAAUGCUGUUAGCAGUAGCAGUUCUGAAGAUGAUGUGGGUAUGUUUAAUAUUGAUAUGCAAAAACGUGAGCUAGUUUUAAAUAUGUUGAAUAUGAUGGCUGAACAAGCAAAUGAACCAUGCGAUUCAUGUAAUAAUGAGUUCGAAGACUUCGAUUAUGAUAGCAAUGUUCCAAAUAUUGAAAACACCACAACUCACAUAGAACCAGAACCAGAACUGGAACUAGAACCAGAAUUAGAACUAGAAAUAGAACCAGAAAACACUGAAACUAAAAUUGAUACAAAUGAUUUUGAAAAUUUAUACACUACAGCUGUAACUAUAGACACCGCACCAGAAGAUGUUCAAAUUGAAACAGAAGCAUUAAAUGUCCAAACGCCCAAAACUACAGAACAUGCUGAUGAAGAUGAUGUCUGUAUGAAAAAAGAGUCUACUGAUAAUGUGGAAAAUGUAGAGAAUAUGGACUGCAUAAAAAUGGCUGAAAGUAGUGAAGCAGCAAGUGUUGAAGUAAUAACGAUUGAUGAAAUUGAUAAUGAGACAAGUGAAGUUUAACAAAAAAUAUUUAAUGAAUUUAUAAACUUAUA